UCUUUGCAAAGCGUCGCGGUCAGAUGGAGAAUGACGCUGUCUACACAGCAAGCGACGUCAUACUCCUCGGAGAGACUCGGACAAUGCCCGCAGGAUGAAAUCAACAUCAGCGAUUACAAGACGGUUGCACGUGUUGACUGCAAGGGAUCGCGAAAAAAGCCUGUGGAGCAUGCUGCUUGGUAUCGCAGCGACUGCUAA